GUCAAUCUUUCAUUUCGAGCCUGAUAGUAAACGAUUUUUCAGAAAUAAAUAACUUGAGCUUCCGAGCAGAAACUAAAUUUCUAUAGAUUUAUAAAUAUUCGGAGGGCUGUCGAGAUUUCAUCCUAUCGAGUUGAAUGCUGUCAAUGAGAUGCUAAUGGUUUGAUUUCGCGAACAUUGAAGAUGGAAAGUGUUGCAUCGUUCGAUCGCAAAGGCAAUGAAAACAGUGAUGUAAAGAUCAUUGUAAGGAAAUCGAGAAAUGAAUUUUCGCUGGAAAAGAAUGAAAACAACGCCGGCGGUGGCGGAGGAGGAAGCAAUCGUAGCGGCAAACGAUAUCAAAAUUCUCGAACCAUAUCCAAGAGGAAAGAUAGCCAGAAACAUUCCAAUGAAUCCUCCAGCGUGAGCUUAUACUCUCAGGAGCUGAAUAAACAACUCCAGGCUAACCUCCCGGAGGAUAUGAGAAUUUCGAAACUCUUGCGAAGAUUGUGCCAGGAAACGGACGCGAAAGUGUGUCUCGAUUUGUGCAACAAGUUGGGGCUGGUGAUUCUGGAACAGUGCAAUGCCGUGUACAUACGCAAAUCGUUUGACAUCCUUGCCGACGGCAUUAUGUCCGUGCUGGAGAACGGUCCGGCAGAGUGCUGCGAUGCGGCCGCUGAUGUGUUUGGCAUGAUGGGCUUUGUUGCGCGAGCUGAUUUCGGCUCGUACCGGGCGUGGAUCAUGAAAUACUACAAAUACUCGAAAAAGCUGAAACGUGCCAUGAUGAAAGCGCUGAAGAAGACCCUUCUGAUGGACGUAAACGGCGAGUUGCGUGAUUACGCCCCGCGGCUCAUGGAAAUGUUGAAGGAUUUUUUGGAGGCCGCCGACACGGUUGAAACGUUUAUCGUGGUUACGGAUGUCGUUGUGGAGGUUUGCACCAGGUACCCGAAUUGUUUUAAGAAGCACUUUACCGAUAUCGUUGAUAUCGUGGUGGGUUGGCAUUUGGAAACAGAUCAAAAUCCGGAGGUGAAAGGUCACUGCUCAAAGGUUUUGCAAUCAUUCAAAGUGUUUUGGAAUGAAGACUUAGAAUUCACGCUGAGCUUGUUGGGCCAGUUUGUCGAGGAUAUCGGAGUUUGCUACGAGGAUUUGCAGACGCUGGAAGGAGGUAGUGAUGAGCUACAAAACUCAUCGGCAAUAUCGUUUAGCUCGCUGUUGGAUGCUUUUAACACGGUUAUGAAAUGCCUGUUUGUAAGCCCAGAAGGUUUGCUCCAAUCGGUUGGCAAAGAAAUGGUGGACAGUAACUUCCAGCUUGUGGUAAAGGUUAGUAAGGCCGUAGUCAGACAACCUUGUCCCGAAGAGGUCCUUCUGCCUGUCAAUGAAAGUUUGAUCCUGUUGCUUCUACUUGAAUCAAGUGCCAAUACAGUGGGAAGUGAAAGCAUUCUUCCCAUAAUCAGAGCUCAGAUUGAGAUUCUAGACGAGUUAAAUCAACGUCAGAUAACAAGUUUGUUACUGUUGCUGUGCCGAUACGUGGAAUGUUAUGCCGCAAAUUUGCGUUCCGAGUUUUUGCUGAUGAUUUGGGACCGAAAAUAUCCGUUCAUUAAACUACGAUACCGUCAGUCACGUGAGAUACAGGAAGGGUUACUAAAGCUGUAUCACCGCGUGUUGGCAAUCAAGAAUGUGAAUGUUCUCCAAGAGGCAUAUAAGUAUAUUCUGGAUGAUUUGGAUAAUGCCAUGAAAACGAUUCACGAAAGCGUUGCAGAUAACGGAAUUGUUAAUUCACAGGCUCAAUUCGCUAUCAAUUUUAAUCUGUUGACAUUAUCACCCCUAGCGAUGGCCAAUAAUUCAAUACUUGUCAUGUGGACCCUUCAACCGAGCAUCCUGGUUGUGCUUUUAGAUAAGUUGCACAUAUUAAACACCGACUUAUGUAUGAAAUAUGAAAAGCUGCAUUAUGCCAUCAUUCGUGUAGCUUACCAGCACUGUAUCCAAAACAGUAACUUCAUAUCAUCGAGCAGUCUAUUGCGCUCCAAAAAUUACGCGAUACUGGAUUCAUUCAACCGCAUGGGUCUGGAAAGUACACCGGUUUCUACAACGAGUCCAACUGCGGAGCACUUCCGCUUUAUCAUCGAAUUUCUUGAGAAAAUAUUGCCGGAGGACAGCUCAAUUCAUCAUGUGGAGCUACUUCUGGAUUGGUGUCGUACAAUAAUUGGGCAGGCGGCCCACUACUUCGAUGUACUGCUGGACAAUCGCAGUUUCAAUGCCAUAAUACGCAGCAUAUGUGACAUCAGUGUGCGACCGGAUGAAGGUCUCAUAUUGCGUUGUGCCAAAUGUCUCGAUCUCGUUAGUUCGUAUAAAUCACUCGCGGCGAACACCUAUCAAAGCAUUGCGGAGGUUUGCUGUGUCCACAUGUGCUCGGUCAGCAGCGAGGUUCGAGAAAUAUUUUCAUCAAUUCUUGGGAAACUGCCACUGCGGUUUUCUUUGAAACAGGUCAGUCAGUUCAGCGGCAACAAUCAACUAAGGAGUCAACACAUUUACGGAUUGCAACAUUGGUAUGUCAGCACGGAAAAAACGGGCGAUAUGCGGUCACAAUAUUUUCGAGAGUUCAUCGAACGAAUCGGCUUCCAGCAGGACACAGAAUGUAUCGACGACUUUCUCAAGGAAAUGUUUGUGAAAUCAUGGUUUGCAAACAAUGACAAAAGUCGAGUAUACGCCGAGAUGGCUCUGAACGAUUUGCGCUCGCUGGUCCCGUGGGUUCAAUGGGAAGCAGCUCAUUUCUGUGUAAACAACAAGCUACGAACUCCCAUUGGAAAACCACAGGAAACAUUCCUAAAGAUUGAAUCGGUAAUCAAGCAAAAUGCUCGGGUUUUGGCACUGAAGGAGUCAGGCACGGUGAAGAAUCUUGGCGUCUCAAUGGCCAACCAAAGACACGCGCGGAUUUUACUUGGUUUCCUAGAGGCACUGGAGAAAGCCAUUUAUAACGCCGCAGAGGGAACUGCGUUCGCCUUACCCAGUCCAGAGAAACCGGCACGAACGUUCUUCCGGGUCAAUUUCUCUACGUGUGCAGAGUGGUUCAAUCGCGUGCGCACGGCCGUAGAUCUGGUGGCGUUGCAUUGCAUGGAACCCGAAAUGGUUAUUCGCUAUUCGGAAGCAGUACUUAAAGAACUGGUGCUGGCCAACAAGAUCAAUGAUCCGAUUUUUGAACAUACGCUCAUGUCGCUGGUAUGGGCGCUGUUGCGGAACUGGGAAAAUGACGCUCUGUAUGGAGUUUAUGUCUGGACGAAGCGAGUCACGGGUCGAAAGUAUUUAUGGAUAAAAAUGGCAGCUGAGGAAGCUGCAGGUCAUAGAGAAACCGCUGUCGAGGGUUUCAUGAGUAUUCUAAGGGAUCCUGAGUGCGCUAAUCUAGAUCGACACAUUCGUGAUUUCAUUGUAGACCAGACAACACUGUCACUGAUAUUCACCGAGCGUCUUACUGAGCUGCACGAUUUUCUGAUCUCGGAGGAAACUAGUGGAAUACAGCGCGCAACGGUGCCGCUUUUGAGCUUCACUUCUAAUCAGGUAAAGUCGUGGAUGGAGUACGAUCGCACGAGAGACAAAAACGCAAUCGACAUGUCGAGCUGGGAAACGGCAGAUAUGGGAUCUGGGAUAGCAAACAAUUUCUCGUGUCACAAAAUCAUCUGCGCCACGGAGAAUAGCAUUGGUGCGACGUUUCUGCAGAAUGACACGGCCGAGAAAGAACGAACUCUGAGGGUUUGCAACGAAGUUAUACACAGCGCACUGCAGGAGUGCUUGCUGACCAAAUCGAAGGAAUACCUCUUCCAGCUAACGAUCACCAAUCACAUUGCGUACAUCGCGAAAAUGGACGGUUGUACGGCGAGUGACCUGGAAUCGAUUCGCGUUGAGAAGCGUUACGGGUCGCUGACGAUGAUGAGAGUGUUGUCUUGGUUGGAAUUUUUCGAUGAGAGUAAAAGUUGCAAACAGCACAGCAUGGAGAUGCGAUUGGAUUUAGCUUCUGUAGCGCGCAAAGAGAACAAUUUCAAACUUUGCAAAAAGGAACUAGAAAUCUUCUACCGUGAUUGUAACUUCGCUCGAAUGCUCAAUUGUGAGCAGAAAGAUCUUAACGUGGACAACAUACGGGAGAAGUUGAUGGACUCAGAUCAAGAUAUUUGGGAAGAAAGUGUAUCUCGAGCUGUUUAUGAGCAGUGUAAAUGGCUGUAUUGUCAACAGAAUAGGAAGCAGGAUGCAAUUAAUUUCGCAUCCGUUGCUGCUGUGCGAAUCAAUGAGCGAAUAGCAGGAAGCGAUGAACAUCUUACUGGUAGCUUACGUGACAGAGAGGCACGUUUCUUAUUGACAAUCGCAGAUUGGUUACAAAAUGAGGAUGUUAGAAUACUUCAGGAGUCAUCAGGUUCGCCACUGAUAAACUUAAUCUCUUCGCUUCCGGAAGUUAUGCCAUCCGCUGAUUCGCGGAUGAUAUCGGUCUUCUCGGCGAUGGAUAUUGUUAUGGGCAAACUUCUACAAGCAAGUGUGCAUCGCUGUCCGGAAUUAGCAAAAGCAUGGUCACAAUUUGGAUCGUGGUGUUAUCGGUGGGGAAAGAAGAUAAUGGAGUUCAACACGGAGGGGAACACCGUCCAUCGGAUAAAUCUAGAGGAAAUUCGUAAAAUAUUACCGGCCACUUCGUCCGACGAUCUUCAGAAGAUCGCCGUUAUUCUCAACCAACAUGAAGUGAUUUGUGAAGAAGACGAAAUUGGACUGAACGAAACCAGCUCAACGGAUUUGCUAGAGGCACUUCAGGCGACAGUGCCAGAUUUGUGUCAUUGUUCGCCUGAAAAACUUCAAUCCAUUGUUGACAUCUGGCGCCAAACACAUCGAACUGUUUAUGGCUAUUAUGAGACAGCCGCGACAGCAUAUUUCCGUUUUCUUCAUUUAUCAUCAUCGAUUGAAAUGGAAAGUGAGAAUGGAAAUUCAACUACGGUUACCGCGACUCUCCGACUGCUGCGGCUGAUUGUGAAACAUGCCCUUGGGCUGAAGGAGGUUUUAGAGGAGGGUCUUGCCGCCACUCCCACUAAUCCAUGGCGAGUGAUCACACCGCAGCUGUUUUCACGCUUGAAUCAUCAUGAGCCAUAUGUUAGGAAACGCGUGUCGGAAUUGUUAUGCCGAGUGGCCAAAGAUGCACCCCAUCUGAUUAUUUUCCCCGCGGUUGUUGGUUCGGUUCAGGAGGGAAAGAUGGAUAUUGCAGAUAUUUCCAUAGAGGAUCUGGACAGUGUUGAUCAGCGAAACUCGAUUUGCGAUAACUCAGGUCUUGUUUUUUGUUUCAACUCACUGCUCGACAUCCUAUCGAAGGAUGCUCCGGAGACUGUGAAACAAGUGCAAGUCCUGGUUCACGAACUUAGAAGAAUCUGUCUGCUGUGGGAUGAACUCUGGGUUAUGUCACUGCAGCAAAUUUACUCAGAGUAUACGAAACGAUUCGCAAGCUUCGAGAAUGAAGUGCAAAAAGCGGUGGAAAACAAACAACUUGCCCAGAAGAACCAGCUUCUGGCCGAGAAGCAUAACCUCCUGCUCAGACCGUUGAUAUUUGCACUCGAGCAGCUGCACGAUAUGACCUCUCGCACUCCGGAAACAACACAUGAGAAACAUUUUCAAGACAAAUAUUCGAAGUACAUAAGCGCGAUGAUUGAGAAACUCAAAGAACCGUUGGAUUUCAAUAAACCCAUCGAAGGAUGGGUGAGAUUCAAAGCAUUGUACGUUCAGUUGCAACAGCGAAGUCAGAAAAGAAUCGCCUUUUCUCUGAGGCUCUCCGACAUAAGUCCCGUUCUGGCCAAACUGUUCAACACAACCAUAUCGAUGCCUGGAAUUGACAGUUCCGAGAAGCAACAAAUUUUGAUACGCUCUGUUGAUAAUUUGGUACAAAUUUUGCCAACUAAAACGAAACCGAAAAAGCUCAUGUUUUAUGGUAACAACGGGCGUCGAUACAGUUAUCUUUUCAAAGGUCUCGAAGAUCUUCACCUCGACGAAAGGAUCAUGCAGUUCCUUUCGAUAGCUAAUCUUAUGAUGACAAAGUCAAUUGACUGCAAUGGAAAUAUAACCUACUACCGAGCGGAGCACUAUUCCGUCAUUCCCCUCGGACCCAGAUCGGGGCUGAUCAAUUGGGUUGAUAACACGAUUCCGAUAUUCUCUUUGUACAAAAAGUGGCAACAACGAGAAGCGCAGCAAAAAAAAGAUAAACCUGGAUCGGUUUGUCGUCCUUCGGAACUUUUUUAUCAAAAGCUAACUUCGGUGCUGAGGGCCCAUCGCAUCAAAUUUAGCGAUAAUCGCAAGGAUUGGCCUUUGAGCGCGCUCAAAGAGGUGCUGCAGGAGCUGCAGAGUGAAACGCCACGCGAUCUGCUAGCGAAGGAACUUUGGUGCCACAGCACAACGGCUUCCGCCUGGAGACAAGUGAUUCGUAACUAUUCCCUGUCGGUGGCGGUGAUGAGUGUGAUUGGUUACAUUAUUGGUCUCGGUGAUCGCCACCUGGACAACAUGUUGGUGAAGUUAGCAACGGGUGAAAUAGUGCAUAUAGAUUACAAUGUGUGCUUCGAGAAGGGCAAAACGUUGCGUGUUCCCGAGAAAGUUCCGUUCCGUAUGACGGCCAACCUGGAGGAAGCCCUAGGAAUCACGGGUAUUGAGGGCACGUUCCGUUUGGCAUGUGAGCAUGUUCUGAAGUCAUUGAAGAAGGGACGUGAAACUCUGCUCACUCUACUGGAAGCCUUCGUGUAUGAUCCGCUGGUGGAUUGGGCGGUUAGUGAGGAGGCCGGCGCGGCAACAUUCUCCGUAUCAACAUACGACAACCGAGAAGGUUUCAACAGUGAACUGUAUCUAGCGAAGAAACAGCUGGAGCGGGAAGUGAAUCGCGAUACAUUAGCGAUUCGGUUCUCGGAAAUCAAAACGGAAUGGAUCCGCAAUCGGGACAAUAUGUACCAGCAGCUUUCGCUUAUUCAAGUGUUCCUACUCGAACUCGAAAACAAUCGCAUCGAAUUGAGAGACGCUGAGAAGCAGCGGGAUUCCCUAUCUCGGCAGAUACAGAUGAUCCGUGAGGCAGAAUCCCUGGAUUCGGCUAUCGGCAGCCAUCCUUUGAACACGCUCUCGCAACGAUAUAGUGUUUUCAAAGGUUUAGUUGAAACCCACGCUUCGACGAAGAAAGCUCUCAUGAGUAAGAUUUCGGAAUGCGAGAAGAAGAUCGAUGAGUACCGGAGCUUCCGGAAAGAUAUUGAUAGUGAAAAAUUACAUGAAUACACUGCUGGAAUAGACACAAACGCAAUUGAGUGUUCCAGCUCAGAGUUUGAAUUGGUACAAGAAUUUUUAGAAAGCUCAAACCUUCGCGACACUUUCCUCAAGACAAACACAUGUCGACAUGAGUUUAACGAAUAUUCCCAUCAAACAAUGGUACUUGUAAAACACGUAUUCGAAACGCUCAGUCAGUACGGGGAGAUUAUAAAAUACUUUCCGAAUGAUUUCGAGCUUAAUCAUCGAGAUCACAUGUAUGCCGCUUGGUGCAGAACGCUGAUCGAUAAUAACACACAGGAUUCGUGCCAAGAAGUCAUGCGAAACUACCAACAGUACCUAACAAAACUACAGCAACACUCACCCGGUCAGCAAGUUCUCUCUUUCUCGUUUCAACUCACAAAUUUCAUCUCGGACAGCACAUUUAGACUAUCGGAGCUUCUAAGUUAUCAUACUCAGGAGUUGAACGAGUGUACCAUUCCCAUCGAUCAGCUUUACGAAAAUGCCCAUUCCACAAUCAAUGCGAUGGCCUUGGGCAAUCUUAACGGAAGAUAUUUGUUGACGGGUGCUGCCUUGAAGCCUUAUGAAGAUCUGAGCCAAACAUACCUAUUGAUGGAACAGGCUGCUUCCGCUGCAGGCGAUACCCUCGUUGACAUGCAGUUCAAUGGCGAUUGGUUCCUGUACGAAUUUUACACCGGUUUAUCGCAGCUACAUACACUCAGCCAGAUUUGUUUCGAGGACGACAAUUGUUGCAUCCCCAAGGAUAGUUUCUCCGUUGGUAUGCACUGUCUGUCCUGUUGCGUAGGAAUUUACGAGCAGUUGCAUAAUAUGCACGAAUGUAUCACCCAAAGCUUUCUUACCGACACGCUGCGGGGAAUCAUUUCUGAGAAUCAGAGUGUGAUCGAGAUGAUUUCCGCCGUUUCUGACCUGCAAAAUAAUGUUGUUCCGUUGUCAGAGAUUUUGAAUGAUCUGAACAUGCAUCUGCAGUGCGUAGUGAUGAACGUUCCUUCGCCACACGCGGAAGUGAUGGUUACAGUGGAGAGCUUGAGGAGGCGAAUAGCAGCGUUAGGCGAGCGCUAUCGAUUGCAGGAAACCCCAACAGAAGGAGGAAGUUUAUAUUUGAAGCUUCAUUCACUGUUUAGUGAUUUGAUUGACAAACGGAGCGAGCUAAUACAGGCUAUGUGCGAUGGACUAAUGGCAUCGGAUGAUACCGAUUGUAUAGAUCAAGUUAAAGAUGCUAAGGAUUUGACGGUACUGAUACUAAACAAAGCCACGAAUGACGUUUUGGAAGCUAUAUUCAUUUUAAAGCGCAUCCAGACGAUUAUAGAGUUCUUCACCUCCUGCCUUCAGAUGGCAUGCGCCUUCAACGGAACCAGUCUUGCGGCAAUUUGCAAUGACGACGCUUUAGUCAGACCGGUGAGGAAAUUUAUUGCUGAUUUCACGUAUCACUUACUACUGGGAAUUGGUUCGAUUGCCGCUGGAAUGGUCAUGUACGGAGUGUUGCAACGUUCCAAUCCACAGUUGACGCAUGACAUAGCGAAUCUGCAGCAAAUAACAAACGCGAACAGGAUCCAUAUGAAUGAUUUGAGCAACAUGUUCCUUGAACGAAUGUUCGCUGAAGUGACUGAAAUAGACUACAACAAGACGAACAAUGCCUGUUUGCAUCUCAGCUUCACGUGGAAGAAGAUGAUGCACAUCAAAUUGCUCUCGGAGCGCAUCAUGACUGAACAAAUUUCGCUGAGCCGAUGGCAAAAGUUGUUUGUGGCGCACAGUUGGAUGCACAAUGUAACCACAAUUCCUAAUGUUGGCAAUAUGCAACAAGGUGAUCUAACGCUGUACGCAAAUCGUUCGACUCUACUGAUGCAAUUGAAAAGCUACGUUGAGUCACUUACAUCGGCGAAGUCGACUAUUCAGAAGAUGCGAGAUGAGAUUCUUAACAAUACGAGUGCAAUCCUGCAUCGUUUGAAAUGGGCAGCAGGGGCCAAUGCUGAGUUAGUACCCCUAUUAUCAUCAUUCGAGCAAGCUUCCCUGAAGAAGAGAGAUUUCUUGGACGAACAAAUGAUUCAUCUGGACAUUGCGUUGAAACACUGCUGCUCUGUUCUGAGCUAUGAUAUCGUUCGUUUACACAUGCAUAGAGAUCUGGAACAGGACCAAGAGUUUGUCGACUUGGUCGAGCGCUUCAGGAAGGCUUGUACAAAACUAAAUUCCUGUUCGACGAUGGUUAGUCCAACCGAAAUUGCUUUGGUUGAACUGCUCGAUCCAGAAGGACAGAUCGAUCACAUUUGGCUGAGCAAUGUCAAAGCACUGAUCGAUGACAUGACCGACCAGGUGCAAAAUAAAAUCGCCAAAGUAGAAAAAGAAGUGAGGGCCGCUCAGGACAAUUUACACAUGAGUGCACACAAGUUGAGAACUCUCGUAAGCACGCAUCACGUUUUGGCAGCCGAUAUCAAGGGUUUAUUGAAAACGAAACUCAAAAUAGAAUGCUCGCCAACACUGCGCGAAUAUCUGUUGAAAUACAAAUCAUUUUUGGAAACCAUAUCGGAACUUCAUUCGAACAUGUUGAGCAAGGACUUCACCGAUGAAUGGGUGCAACAGGCGAUGGAACAAGUGCAGAAUACGUUACCAAGUGUGCAUCAAACAUUCGAUCAGUUGUUUGAAUUUGAACAAAGUCGUGACGAUGAUGUAGCUAUCAACGCAGAAAAGGAAAUGCAUGACAAAAUAGGAAUGCCAAUCGUGGACUCACCUGCUAAAAAACUUACUUCAGAAGGUGGAACGAAUAAAGUACAACAAACUCCAAAAGAACAGAAGCGCAACGCAUAUGCGGUAUCUGUUUGGCGGCGCAUCCGCAUGAAAUUGGAGGGUAGGGACCCAGACCCAAAUCGUCGAUGUACCGCACAAGAGCAAGUGGAUUGGAUGAUACGUGAAGCGAUGGAACCGGACAAUCUGGCAGUUUUGUACGAAGGAUGGACUCCCUGGGUGUGAAAUAAUGUGGUUAAUGAGAACAGGUUGAACAUGUCGGUAAAUCAUCCAAUAUUCUAAACCGUGGGGACACAUCCGUGUCGAUAUCGGUUCCAAGUAUCACCAGUAGAUAAGACUGCUGGAAUCCCGCGCAGGAGCCAUCUGCAGAGUAUCGAGUGUCGUGGUGUUCGAUGCGCAGUCAAUCAGUGGUUCCAUUUUUUAUUCGCGCGUUGGGGUAGUCUGGGCUGCAGCCUAUGUUACUAAGUUUCAUAUCACCACAGUGACGAUACAACUUAGAGAAUGAAUUUAAAACAGUUCUAACCAUCGCACUGUAGUGACUUUUACAAAGUGCACUGCAAAAUUCAGUCAUUUACAAUUCCCAACAACAAAAAAUAUAAAUAUUAUACUUCAAACUUUCGCCCUAUCGAGAUAUGCAAUCCAAAGCUUCUCUUAGAUUGUUUUACCGGCAUGUCAUGGUUCUUUAGCCAACGGAAUCUAAGAGAACUAGCCAACUUUCUUAUAACAACAUAGAAGAAAUGGGUAUCAGUUGGCUGGGCAGUGUGUAUGAACCCAUACAAACUCAUUUCUACGACCCAAAGAAUUGCUUAUCAUUGAUCGGACGGAAGGCAUAAAAAAUAAAACGUCAAAAUAUCUCCUCAAUCAUAUUUAAUUUUACCGCCCUGAUACCGGUACUAUUUCCCGCUGGAGUUUUAUUUACGAUUUGCACCCGCCAGUCAUUGAUUUGGGAUCAAUGCCACUUUUUCUCAAAUUUCAUUUUCUUGGUCAUAUUUCGGACUGUUUUAAAUUCACUUGGUAUUCCUUCGACACCGGAAUCAUUCAAUUAUCGUCAUCAUUUUAUUUGUUUCAACUUUGCGAAUAAUUUUUUGUGUCCAUAGCAUGUGGCUCAUUUGCAUUCCUUCGUUUUAAUCAUUUCCGCUUCCAAAUUUUAAUCCAGAGUACUAUCAUUUUUUAGAAAUUUCGUUGAAAGAAACAAUUUCAUUCAUCCCCCGAUUCAUUACUAUUAUAGGUUAUUCAAAGGCAAACUUUCUACUGUUUCGAAAUGGAUCAAUAAAAAUAUAUA